AUGGUUUCAAUCUUGUUGGAUCCGCAUGUGGAAUUCAAAAAGCUCACUAUUUCCCUUAAAAGAUCUGAAGAUGAGCUCUUGUUCAACCAAAUAUCCAAUAAAUUUGAACUGGUUGAGGAUCUUGAACUCUCAUCUAUUCUUAAGCCUGAUUUCAUUCCAGUUUUCACUUCAUGGCCACAGAAAAUUGGUAUCAUAAAUUCCGCUUGGUUUACACUGGAACAUUUUUUGGCGUGCACUUGCACUACUAUUACACUCGGAAAAUCUCAUUUGGGAAACAAGGAUUUGGAUGUGGUACUUCGAAAGUGGAAGGCUGGAGGGUUCCCGAAUCUAGAAUAUCUGCUGGUCGAUAGGGACUACAUUUCAAAUAAUAAAACGACGAUUUGGAGAUUAAAUCAAUUGGAAUUGGGGGGAAGUGUUAUCCGAACUAAUGAUGGAACAAAGAAGGCAACUAUUAACACUGGUAACGGUAGAAUUGAAGUCUACGUAACUCCAGUUGAAUAA